AUCUCUAUGAUCGGUAUACGGUGAGAGUGUUAGCGGAAUUAUCAAACCUCAAAACAACAAAUAUGGCAACCGUGAAAAUUUCAUUAUUUCUUUCUGCAAUUUGACCAGUGCUAUUUAACCUUUUGCUCUCUUUUUUCUGUCUCCUCAUUUGAUAUUAUUUACUUCAUCGUUUAAAAUGGUUCAUAAUCCAUUCAAUUUAGGUUUAUGAUUGUAACGCUUGGGGCUAAGUCGAAUGGAAAAGACCGUAGUCAUGAGCAUAGUCGUGAGUGACUAGUGGAACGCACUGUAUAUGCCUUAGCCGUGAAUAUGCACCAUUCAGCUGAUUGUGCUUAGACUAUCAGUGCUUGUUAUAAUGAUAAUAGUUUUAUCACUCUUCAUUUGUGUACUAUUGUAUUUGCGUUCAAUUUUUAAAUUAAUCUGACAGAUAUAAUAUUCGUAAGUUUAUAUAAGCACACGCCCUCAAAUAAUAAUCUGCAUUUCACAAUUUAUUUGUGUUUAAUAGUUUAUUUUAGUUAAAAAUUAAAUUCGAUAGUUUAAGCUACUAAAACGACAGUGAUUGGGCAGAUAAAAAACUAGUAUUUAAUUUUAUGUAUGAAAAAAUGGAUCUUCCUCAACCAUUAACGAAAUUAUUUAAAUAUAUUGAAGAGCAUAGAGAUGAGUACAUAGAAAAUUUAAGACAAGCUGUUGCUAUCCAGUCAGUAUCAGCAUGGCCUCACAAACGGGGAGAAAUAAAGAAGCAGCUUGAAUGGGCAGCUAAAAAAUUAAUUAAUUUAGGAGCAUCAGCUGAACUGCGUGAUAUAGGUAUGCAAACAUUGCCUGAUGGCACAACUUUACCUCUACCACCAGUUCUUCUUGGAUCCUUGGGUAAUGAUCCCAAGAAGAAGACUGUCCUAGUUUAUGGGCACUUAGAUGUGCAACCAGCACAUAAAAGUGAUGGCUGGGAUACUGAACCAUUUGAAUUAACAGAAAAGAAUGGUAGAUUGUAUGGGAGAGGUGCUUCUGAUGAUAAAGGGCCAGUUCUAUGUUGGCUCCAUGCAGUUGAAGCAUAUCAGGCGAUAAAUGAAGAAAUACCUGUGAAUCUAAAAUUUGUAUUCGAAGGUAUGGAAGAAAGUGGUAGUGUUGGUUUACCAGCAUUACUAGAAUCUGAACAAAACCAUUUCUUAGCUGGAAUAGACUACUGUUGCAUAUCAGAUAAUUAUUGGUUAGGAAAAACAAAACCUUGCAUUACAUAUGGACUACGAGGAAAUUGUUAUUUUUAUCUGCAAGUUGAAUGUGCUUCUAAAGAUUUGCACAGUGGUGUUUACGGAGGAACAGUACACGAAGCUAUGACCGAUCUAAUAUACCUCAUGAAUCAACUCGUAGAUAGAGACGGAAGAAUUUUGGUCCCAGGUAUAUAUGAUGAAGUAGCUCCUGUAACGGAAUCAGAAAGUAAUAUGUACAAAAAUAUAGAUUUCGACGUGAAUGAAUAUCUUAAUGAAAUAGGUACAGAAAAGUUGAUACAUAACGAUGACAAAGAAAAAAUAUUGAUGCACCGUUGGAGAUAUCCUUGUUUGUCACUUCAUGGAAUAGAAGGAGCUUUCAGUGAGGCUGGCUCAAAAACUGUUAUCCCACAGAAAGUAAUAGGAAAAUUCUCCCUUAGGAUAGUACCUAACCAAACACCUUUGCAGACAAACAAAUAUGUUGUGGAUUAUAUAAAUAAACUGUGGAGCACUAGAGGAAGUCCUAAUAAAAUGAAGGUGUACAUGGCACGUGGUGGUGAACCGUGGACUGAAAAUCCAACUCAUCCCCAUUACACUGCAGCUUGUAAAGCAACUAAACAUGUGUAUGAAGUUUUCCCAGAUCUCACUCGCGAGGGUGGUUCAAUUCCAAUAACAUUGACAUUCCAAAAACUUACGGGAAAAAAUGUUCUAUUACUACCAGUAGGUGCAAGUGACGAUGGAGCCCAUUCACAAAAUGAAAAAAUUAAUAUAAGAAAUUAUAUUAAUGGGUCUAAGCUUCUUGGCGCUUACCUGUAUGAAGUGGCUCAAAUUUGAUGAUUCAUGAAUACUUUGUUAAUACUGAGUUGUAAUAAAUCAUAUUUUUAAUCAAA